AUGUCUCAAGCCGGAGGACCUCGUGUAAAGCUAAACACUGGCUACGAAAUCCCAUUGGUCGGGUUCGGAACCUACAAAGUUACUGGAAACGAAGGACUUGAUGUUGCUGUUGAUGCGGCGUUGAAAGCGGGUUACAGACACUUUGAUACUGCCAAGUUCUACGUAAAUGAACCGGAAUUGGGAGCUUCUUUGGAGGUAUUUUUGCUUUCAUUCAAUUUUUAUUGUUUUAGGUGGUCUUUUGCAUGUUGUAGUAGAUUGUGGAUCAUAACUUUUUUGUUUUGAGAGGUAAUGGGUUCAAAUUUUUUGUGACGUAAGAAAAUUUUCUUAUCUAACUACUCGAAAAAACAGGAUUUUGAUUUACGUCUAAAAUUAAAAGUUACAAUAGGGCUAACACUUGAUACCCGAGCUAUUUAUAACAAUUAACCGCCAGUUAUUUUUAUGAAAAGCAAAACUUUUGCAGAAAUUGUUACCUAAACAUGGAUUGAAACGUGAGGACGUCUUUAUCACUACAAAGUUAUGGCCAGCUAAAGAGAACAACACCGAAGUGACCGUGAAUUUGGUCAAUGAAUCAUUGGCCAACUUCAAGACCGAUUACGUGGAUUUGGUAUUGAUUCAUUACCCAAAGUCAAAUGAUAAGGAAAAUGAAGAUCCAACCAACAAGCAGGACAGAAAAGAUCUUUGGCUGGCUUUGGAAAAACUCCACAGUAAGUUUUUUUUAAAUAUUAUAGUAGAUGAUUGGUCUAAAAAUGAAUAUUUUGGUCAAGAAUUUUAUAGAAUGGAAUGAAUUUUAUGUAAAGUUAUUUAUAAAUUAAUUCUUUUGUUAAAUAGUAACUAAAAUAUAAUGCUUCAGGCUAAAAACUGCUUUAAAAUUACUAGUUUUAUCAAAACCUACUGCAACAUAAGUUAUUUUGCAGAAGCUGGACAAAUCCGGUCGAUUGGAGUAUCAAACUACGAAGUUAGACAUUUGAAGGAAAUUCCUGAAUAUUCAAGCACUGUACCAGCAGUGAACCAAUUGGAGUACCAUCCUCAUUUCAGAAGACAAGACAUUAAGGACUACUGCAAAGAACAUGGCAUUUUCUUCCAAGUAAGUCAAUAUUUUUUGUUUUUAUUUGAUGUUUAGGCCUUUUCCUCAUUGGCACGUUAUGAACCAGCCCUUAUCAACGAUCCACUGGUGAACGAAUUGGCAAAGAAGUACAAUACCUCAAUUGAACAGGUCCUUCUGUCAUUCGCCACCUCACAGAACGUCGGAAUCGUGCCAAAAUCUACAAACCCAGGUAGAAUUGAAGCCAAUUUCCAGGUGGUCAACUUCAAGUUGUCGGAUGAAGAUGUGGAGAAGUUGAACAACAUCAACGUCGACAAACAUUACAUCAGAUGCACUGGAUGGUUGGUGCAGUAA